CUGCGCACGAGAAUCUAGUUAUUUUCGUACUCGCCUGACCGUGACAGUCAGGAACCUCAUUUGUGAACAUAUAAAUGCAGGCUAUGCCGCCCUUUCAACUCUCGCAGCCCCCUUGGACCCCAUUGCCCGCACACCACCAGUACUCCAAUGGACACUUCAAGCACUCUCAAGCCGGCUGAAGUCGCUGUUGCUCUGGUCGAGCAAGCUGUAAUCAAGCACAACACCCGCCUUGAUAAGACCUUCUUCAAGGCGGUUCUUGCCGGUGUUAUGUUGUCCUUCGGUGGUCUCUUUGAUCUCAUUAUCAGUGGUGGCUCUCCAUCUCUGUCAGCUUCGAACCCAGGAAUUGUAAAGGUUCUCGGCGGUUUUGUAUUCCCCGUCGGACUCGUUAUGAUUGUGCUCCAGGGUUUCGAUCUGCUUACGAGCAAUCUUAUGAUCUUUCCCAUGGCUGUAUUGAAACGAGCGAUUCCUUGGUGGAGCAUUCCCGUCAACUGGACUGUUGUCUUUUUCGGCAAUCUUGUUGGCAGUCUGUUCUUUGCAGCAAUCCUUUCGAAAUAUGACGGACUGAUGACAUCUGAUCCCUACGCCUCAUACAUAAGAUCAUUCGCCAUCACGAAAGCUAUCACGCCUGGCUGGUACCAGAUUUUGAUUCGCGGCAUUGGUUGUAACUGGCUCGUUUGCGUAGCCGUUUGGCAAGGAGUGGGGGCCAAAGAAACUUACUCGAAAAUCAUUGCUAUAUGGUUUCCCAUCUGGAUCUUCGUGGCUUGCGGAUUCGACCACGUUGUUGCAAAUAUGUUUUCACUCCCGCUGAGCAUCAUGCUUCACUCUGAGCUUUCGACCGACCUGUACAUUCGCAAGUCGCUAAUCGCGUCUUUGAUCGGUAACAUUAUUGGAGGACUCUUCGUGGGCUUGCCAGCCGUGUAUUUCUAUCUUGGUGACUGGCACGCCGGCGGCAUGCGCGAUGCCGAGGAAGCCCGUGUUAUAGAGCGUAAAACCUCGGACCCAGCCGUCUCAGAAAGGACCGCAUAGGCGGACCUCCACGAGAUCACCUGCUUUGGACUUAUUAUUUUCUCAUGCAUUGGACGACUAUUUAUGGCUGCGGUGAGAACGCAUGCCAGGCGACACGAUCUACGAAUC